AAUGGCAGAGCUCCCAGGGCAGAGCCUGAGGGUUAGGUUGUGAGGCUCCUGCCGGAGGCGGGGAGGAGCCGAGAGGUUCAGAACGAGCUCGGCCGCUGGGUGGGUCGGGGCGUUCCGCGCGCCCUUCAUUGAAGCGGCGGCGGCUGGGCUGGGCGCCGGCAGUGGGAAGCGACGGCGCGGCUGGAAAAUGCCAGUCCAUUCCCGAGGAGAUAAGAAGGAGACGAACCAUCACGAUGAGAUGGAGGUGGACUACGCCGAAAAUGAGGGGAGCAGCUCCGAGGACGAGGACACGGAGAGCUCGUCGGUCUCCGAGGAUGGAGAUAGCUCAGAAAUGGAUGAUGAAGACUGUGAAAGAAGAAGAAUGGAAUGUUUAGAUGAAAUGUCCAAUCUUGAAAAACAGUUUACCGAUCUCAAGGAUCAAGUGAAAAGCUUUUGUUAUAUGAUACCGUCCAGAGUGAACUGGAGGAAAAGAUAAGAAGGCUUGAGGAGGACAGGCACAGCAUCGAUAUUACCUCAGGUAAUGGGA